AUGGAUUUUCUUUCUUAAAAAAAAUUAAUUCUAUAGACUUUUAGGUAUUUAAUUAAUAUUCAUUAAUAGUCAUCACCAUGUUAUAACAUUAUUAUAAAGAGUAAUGGUUUCUUUUUAAAUCAUCCAAAUUAUAUGCCUGUUCUAAAUAAGUAAAAUUAAUAUGGAGGAAAAAUAAUUUUUUCGAAAUCAUAGAGUGUCUUCUUACAUAUUCUAGAAAAUGUUCACAUUAAAAAUGAAUAAUAUUUUGAUUUCUAAAAAUAAAAAUGAGGAUGGAUAUUUUAAAUUACUCUUAUCAGAUUUGUAAUUGUUACUUGAUGAAUUUGAUGCAAUUAUGCCAAAUAAAAAAUUUCAAAGACAAGUUAAGAGUUAAGAAAUAAACAAUAUUAAUGAAUUAGAUCUAAAGGGAGAGAAAUUUGAAUAAGAGUAUAAAAAAAAAAAUGAAAGCUUUCGAUGA